UUGGCGCCACCAUUAUUGUUAUGGUUAUGCAGCGGUUGUUGUCAGUUCUUAAAUUUGAAUCUUUCCGUGCGGUUUCAACCAUAAAUCAUAAAUGUCACAGUUAAAAAAUAGUUAACUAUUUUUUGAAAAUAAUGGAGAAACAAGAAAGUGUCUCGCGACAGUCUUCUAUAUUAAAACCACCAAAGCAACGACAGCCACUGCAAUGCGUAGCCACCAAUCCAUCAUCUUCAGAAAACUCGCCCACUAUAAAGAUCAAAAGGAGAGUCAGUUUUGCAAAGAACAAGCGCAUCAGAGAAUUUUGCAAUGAAGCCGAACAAGGAACAGUAUGGGACAAUACGUAUGAAGAACAUGACUUAAGCAACCCAAAAAAUAAUAGCAAUGAUCAUCCAGUUGUCAUAAGCGUGCCUUGCCAUGACAAAGAAAACUUCCCAGUGCAGCUAUUUUUGAAAAGUGAUGAGCUUGAUUGUAAAGAAGUCCCGCAAAAUACUCCAACAGAAGAUGGAGAUCAUCUGUCUCAAAGUGAUAUGGAAAUGGACAGUUCAAUUAAUAAUUCCAGGCCAACAAGAAUAGAAGAACAACAUAGUGAAAAUCAAUAUGAAAACGAAACUAUUUACUGUGAUGAUGGCAUGGACAUGACAAAUUAUAUACCAUCAGAAAUUGUUCCGUGUCAAAGACAUGAUAAUGAUGCUAUGGAGAAUCAUUUGCCUGGCCCGCAAAAUUGCAUUCAAAACACAUCUAUGGAAAUUACACGAAAUCUGCCAUCAGCUUAUUCCAAUAAUGAUAAACAUCUAUUAGCAAGUAAUUCUACAGAUCUGACUCAAGCCAUUUCUGCACUGUUGAGCAGUGGAUGUGUACAAAAAUUAAAUAACCCAACAAAUUUGGAAGCCCCCAAUGCGGAACCUUCUAAAAGUAAAAUGGAUUGUUCGAAUACAGCUGCUAUGGAAUUCACUUCAGUAUUGCCAAGUUCAACGUGGAUAAGACCCAAUAGUCGAUGCCAAAAUGAUGACAGAACAGAAAAUUUGACUAAAACCAUGGAGUUUACUAUGGCUGUGCCAUGUUCUAUGCAGAAAGCUAAAAAUGCAGAUAAAAGUAAUGGUUUUUCUGAGAAAACUAAUAUUUUUACCAACAGAUCAAUGGAAAUGACAGAACCAGUUUUCACAGUAAAUAAGGAUAACAAUCAUGAAAUUCCUGCAGUAGUGCAAGAAAAAACAAAACUAUUUCUCAACAAUUCUAUGGAAAUGACAGAAGUAGUAUCUAUUUUUGAUAAGAUACGACAAAUAGAAAACAAUCUACAACCAUGUACCAAUUCAACAGUGCAAGAAAAAACUAAAAUUUUUGUAAAUAACUCCAUGGAAAUGACAGAAGCAGUUCCUUCUUUAGAUAAAAUUUGUACAUUGGAUAACAAUAGACAACUAUUGAAUAACGUAACGUCACAAGAAAAAACUAAAAUAUUCAUGAAUAAUUCUAUGGAGAUGACAGAAGCCGUCCCAAUUAAAAAUAUAGUUCGUCAACUGGAUGAAAAUACACAGCUCUCAAACAACUUGACAAUGCAAGAACAAACGAAAAUAUUUCCAAAUAAUUCUAUGGAGAUGACUGAAGCGGUUCCAAUAUCAAAUAAAUUUCAUCAAGUAAGUAGUGAACAACCAAUCACUAAUUCCACAGUUGAAGAAAAAACGAAAAUUUUCUCUAAUAAGUCUAUGGAAAUAACUGAAGCCAUUUCUGUUUAUAAGAAUGCUAAUAUUCAAACCGCAAAUGAAAAAACUAAAGUUUUUUCAAAUCAUUCAAUGGAAAUUACGGAAGUCGUACCUGUUAGACAAUUUCCUACAGACUUAGAGAGACAAACUCAUCUAACACCUCACGAAAAGACUAAAGUUUUCAUUAACAAUUCUAUGGAAAUGACAGAGCUCAUUCCAGGUCAUGUAGAAAGUCGUCGAUGUGUUUUACUAACAGACAAAAGUUUACAUGAUAUAACAGAAAAUAAAACCAAGAUAUUUGUCAAUAAACCAAUGGAAAUAACUCAAGCUAUUGCUAGUGGUGAUAAACCAUCUAAUUAUUCUAAAAAUGUAUUGGAUGAAGAGGGACUAGAAAAAACACAAAUAGGCUUGAAUAUGUCCAUAGAAAUGACUGAAGCAGUUCCAGUUUGUAAUAUGAUACCAUCCAACAUUGGCCCCCUGCACAAUAAUUUCCAAGAAAAGACAAACAUUUUUUUCAACAAGUCAAUGGAUAUAAAUGAAACAGUCGCAAUUUUAAGCAACAUUCAUGGUGCUAUUGGAGUUACGGAAGUUGAAACUAGACAGUUAUUAUCUGAAAAAACAAAAUUGUUUUCUAACACUUCCAUGGAAAUGACAGAAGCUAUCACAGCGAAUAAAAAAUAUCCAGAUGACGAAGAACAGAAACAAAAUAAAACUAGAAUAUUUGCUAAUAAAUCAAUAGAUAUUUCAGAAACGAUUCCGGUUGGACAUCCCAAUAUUUAUGCAGAACAAAUAGCGUCUGAAUCAUUAAAAGAAGGCACGAAUACUUCACGGAGUGAUGUAAUAAAAACGUCGAACGUCAUACCUAUUUAUCAUGAUAGUUAUGAAUACAAAGGAAAUACAAAUGUAGUUCAAAGUAAAUCAAAUAAACGAUAUAGGCAAUUUGAUUCUGAACCUACAAAUGAACGCAAGAAAAGCUCACCUAACAUUUGUUUAGAAACAAAACCAACACAGCACGGGCAGGAAGUAGAAAAGACGAAAGUUUUUCUUAAUAAAUCAAUGGAUAUAUCAGAAACGAUCCCUAUUCAAGGAACUGCUAAUACUAAUAUAGAUCAAUAUCACAACCCAAGUGCCAUAACUCAGGAAAAAACAAAAAUUUACCACAAUGGAUCUAUGGACAUGACAGAAGUUAUUUCAACACAUACAAAAGCUUAUGAACCUAACAACUUGUUAAAGGAAAAUUUGAACAAUGAUAGAAGGGAAUGCUUCCCCAAUAAAUCCAUGGAUAUUACGGAAAACAUUCCAGUCAAACAAAUUGUAUUUCCAAUUUUGGAAACGAAAAAAAUGUUCGACUAUAUCGCUCAAGAUAGCAGGAAUAACUUGAUGAAUAUUUCUGAAACAAUUCCAGUGAAGCAGAAUGCUCCUUCAUUUAGUGGAAUUUCCGCUGAUAAUAUGGAUAUGACUGAAAUGGUACCUGUUCAUCACCAAGUUUCUGGAACAAAUUUGAACCAUGAAAAAACUCGAAUUUUCUUAGAUAAAUCAAUGGAUGUGACUGAAACGGUCGCCUCAAAUAAAAGCAACUUUCAAUCUAUUUCGCAGCGCAGAGACGUACCAGAUGAAGCAACUCAAAUAUUUUCCAAUGCUCCGAUGGAAUUUACGUCUCAAAUUUCUACGCUACCUAACGUUACAAAAAUGCAGCCGAGUGUUGCCGGGAACAAUCAAAAUGAUAAUUUAACUAAGGUUUUACAGGAUGCUACCAUGGAAUUCACGGAGUUACCGACAUCUUUUCCUGGUAUUUCUAAUAAUUCAAAACCAUUUAAUCAAAGUGAUUUUGGUGCUUCAUCAAAUAACGUUAAUGUGGUGCAGGGUUCCAUAAAUGCAUCAAAUAACUUUCACAAAAGGAGUAAUUAUGAUAUUUCUGAUAGAUUCAGUACUAGAGAUGAAUCAUUUCAUAGAAUCACAUCCGAUGAAUUGAAUACUCUAUGUGCAUCUAUGAAUUUGCCUACACAAAAAUACUCGAGAGAUGAAAGUGUAAAUACACAAACAAAUUUCAUUCCUUCAUGUAAUGAUGUAAACGUUUUACGGGAUUCGUUGCAAAAGAAUUCAAUGUUUCAAGUUCCAGAUCAAUUUAACGCAGAAAACAAUUCAAGAGUGUCUAACAGCAGUAAGAAUAUAAAAGAGUCAAGUUUGACACAAGUGCGAAGAGAGGGAACAAUCAAUAUGGAUCUGUCAGUGAUCAAUAAAAAUGAAGCAGAUAAAUCUAUAGCAAUAGAGAACUACUUUAAUAAAUCAGUUACAGCCCCUGUUACGAAUAUGGAUAAGACUGCUGAAAUUAGUCUUGAUCUUUUAGAGCAACAACAGAUUCAUUGUGGCUCCGAUCAAGUAAAAAACCAAAAUAAUGUUUUCAUAGAAAAAAGUCCUACUCAUCCUAUGAAUGAAUCGGUUACAGUACAAAAUGCAGCUAAUGUUUCUAAUAAAAAUAUUAGAAAUGUGUGCACUGCUCCAAAUAAUUGCGAGGAAGCUUUUACUCGAUACAUAGAACCAGAAAAAUCACAAAAUAGCAAAGUUCAAAUUUAUCACGAUACGUCUAUGGAGUCAGUGACUAAUCCAUUGACUUUAUUAACAGAUGCAAGAUCCAAUAAAACGAAUGUGCCUGUUGCAAACUGCAAUGAGAAUGAAAAUUGUGCUCAAAUCUCAAGAGAGAAUAGUUUGACUAGAUUACCAUCAGACAACACGGAUUUAUUAAUAGCAACCAUGGGCAUCAAAACAAAAUUAACUUAUCCACUUAUUAUAAAUGAUAAGACCACAAUAACAAUAUCUAAUAAAUCAUUUACAAGCAAGUCUUAUAGUAUGGGUACAGAAGAGGAGAACUGCAUCGAAACAAAUAAAACAUAUGUUGUGGAUGAAAAUAUAAUUAAUCCAAGAGAAUCAAGUAAAUUGAUUAGUGAAGAAGUUCAAAAUGAAGAGAAAAAAAUUAAAAUUUCUAUGGCUGAAGAUGAUAAAGAAUGUGUUAGUUUUGCUAAAGAAACUAAUCAAGCUGGUGUUGAGAUUGAUAUUUUUUCAGAAAAAUUUUCGGAAGAACUUGAUGAAAUUCAACCCCCUUCCUUCUUGGACUCAGAUAGUAUGCAAGAUGAUGAUUUGUCUGACCAAUUGGAACGCUUGUCUAGCAGUAAUCGUUUGGAUUCGAUCUUGAGCGAUUCAAACGAGAAAUGUGUAACACCUGAUGAGGCAGAACUGAAAGAUGAUAUAUCAUUCAAUGACACCCUGGAGAGCAGUAAACACUCCGAAGCAGAAAAACAAAAAAGACUAUCAAGUUGUGACUCGGAUUAUUCGUUUAAGAAUAAAAGUAACGAAAUUUCAUCUCCGAAAAAAGAUUGUGUCCAUCUGCCUUUUACCCCAGUAAAUAAUGAGAGUAAAAAAGAUCUUAUAGAAGAACCAAUUUCGCCAUUUUUAUCGUUAACGGAAAAUUUGAAAACUGAGGAAAUGAGGGAUGAUUGUAUCUGGGCAAUUCGAGCGAUGAAGCCAAAUAUAAUAGCAAUAGAUUUCAUAUCAAAAUCAUUUGUUGUUGUUUUAAGAUUGAACGAAAUGGAGAUGAUAAAUUGCAUUAGGGAUGUUGAAAAAAUAGAAUUCGUCUCGAGAAUUCGUGCUGAUUCUAAAAAUGUAUUGUUAAAAAUAGUUCAUAGACUAUUAUUGUUAAAACUUAACCCCGAUGAAAUGAUAAAAAAAUGCAAAAUGUAUGAAGACAUUUUACCUAUGUUGCAAUACAUAUCGAAGGAAGUUGUUUUUUUCAUGAAUUUCAUGUUCGAUUUGGAACGAUUAUCCGCGAUGAAUUUAAUAACGAUAGAUAUCGAAAGGAUCACGUUUAUGGUUUCAUCUAGGAAGUCAAACAUCAUCUUAAAAGUAUUGUUAAAGCUUAAGCUUUUUGAUGAAAUCGGGCCAAACGACAUAGAUCUAACAUGUGUGUUAGGUGACAUAAGGAAAAACGAUAUUAAGCAAUUAAUAGUAAAUAUAAAAAAAGAUUACAAAUUUCUUAGUAGAUACAUAACUGAUGUUAAAGACUAUAUAACGUUGAUUGAGAAUCAUGUAUAGAAAAAAAUAUGUCAUAUAUAAACAUACCAUAAGAUGAUCUCUAAUUUAAGUUAGUAAGAAUUGAAUUAUUAAUUUUGUAAAUUAUAUAUAUUUUGUAAAUUGUAAAUAAAUUUGUGUACGUAA